GUAUAAUGUGUUUGAUGUAACAACUCCACUGUGUCACCAGCUGGAAAGGUACCAACGCAAUGCACACGGGUAUCAUGUGCAGUGCAACUAACCAAAUAGAAAUCUUUUACGAAAUAUGUGGCCUACAGCAAAAAGGAAUAAUAUUGUGUAGUAACUAGUCACAAGAAAUUCUAUUAUGGUCAUCUUGGAUGUAUGGUAACACAUCCAAAUUUUCGUGUUAAGCAACAAGUACCCACAGUUAUUGGGCACACGACAAUAUCUCCAAUGUUUUCGAAAAUGAAACAGUUAUUCUUAGCAACCCAGAUCACCGGGAUCUCAUUGAACGGAGCACUCCAGUGCUUCAUGCAUAUAAACCAUUAAACUUUACAGCUAAAACAAUCGUUAAAGAAAAAAAAUGUGCAAUUAAUUAAAAUUAGGAAUAACAUAAAUAAGACAAACCAAGCACUGUCUGAAAUUUUUGACAGUAGCAGCUCAUAAGGUAUUCAUUGUAUCAAGAGAGAUGAAAAUUGGAUGGAAAAAAAGGAUUAUUGUCUAUAGUAUUCUUACUAUGUGUACUAUUGUAUUAAUCAUGGCUGGAUACUGUCAUGUAAUAUAUAUGUGACAGGGCUCUUAUUGUCCAAUCAUCAAUUAUAAUGAGAUAACACUCACCCUGUCGGGGGUGGGGGGAAGAAAUGUAGCCAAUGAUUUUAGUUUAUCCAUUUAUUGUGUGAUGUUAUGAUUAAUCAAUGUUAUAUUACAUAUAUUCAUUGGAAAUUAAUUUGUAGGAUUAUAAAAGUAUAAAAUCGAUCGGUAUUUAGAGGAACCAAGUAAGUAAGUAAGACAGACAAACUGAAACACAAGAACCUGUAGGUUGAGGCCUGCAAGACUUUAGCUUAGCCAUUUUGGGCCUUGGAGACAAGAAAUGAUGACUCAAGCCAAUGACCGAGAAAUAACCUAAUGCCCUAAGGUUAUGGGAAAAGGGGCACCAAGUGGUAACAUUGUGCAAAAUUACCCAGAAGGUUAAUAUUAGAUCAUAAAAAUACUGUAAAGGCGUAUCUGUCUCAGACAUGUGUCUUAACCAUGGGAUUCAGGUUGUGAGUUGAUACUAAUGAGAACAAAGGGAACCUACCCAGCCUAUAGAAAAUUGGGGUCCCUUAAGUUUCCAGGGGACACAGACCAAUAAGAGAAAAGAGGGUUGACACUUUUAUGGACAUGCGCAGAAUGUAGGUAUAGACAGAAUCACAUUAUAAAAAGGGGAUGCCCCGAACGGGAAAAUUAAGCUCCCUCUGGGAGGCUCCAGCAGGAACCAUCCCUCUACUGAUGACUAAGCCAUGAGAGACCCAUCAGACCCUGCAGGCUUGGCUAAACUUGCGAGUUACAGCGCAAUAAAGGAGCCCCGGGCGCACUAGCUCACUGCCUGGCCACACUGGCGGGGCACUUAGAGCGCUCUGACUCCGCGGCUACAGCGCUGCUGAGGUGGUACUCCACCUGGGCGAGUGGAAUAACGUUUGCUGCGCCCCCGCUGGAGUGCCGCGGCACUGGUGUGGACGCCCUGGUCCUAUAGUGCGCUCUUAUCGGCCUCCAGAAGUGUCCCACAAUGCCUGUUCUGGCCACUCUGGUCAUCACUUUGAACUCUACUGCCCUGCCCUCAGAUGACCAACCAUCAGACCUGCCCUUUAAAUUCUUUAGGCAUUUUGAAAAUCCCCUUCCUGUUUGCUCAGCCAGGCGUGGAGUGCUCUCAUCAGCGAAUCUUUCCAGGUGACUAUGCCUCCACGAGCCAGGCAGUCCCCAAUAUGGAGCAAUGGUGAGGUGCUGGACCUCAUCAGUGUUUGAGGGGAGGAAGCUGUCCAGUCCCAGCUGCACGCCAGCCGCAGGAAUUAUGGUACCUUUGGGCAGAUAUCAAGGGCCCUGAUGGAAAGGGGCCAUGACCGGGACGCACUGCAGUGCAGAGUUAAAGUGAAGGAGCUGCGGAAUGCCUACUGCAAAACCUGUGAGGCAAACAGCCGCUCCGGUGCUGCCCCUGCGACCUGCCGUUUCUACAAAGAGCUGGACGCGAUACUUGGGGGCGACCUCACCUCCACUCUGAGUACCACCAUGGACACUUCAGAGCCCAGUUCAACAAGGCAGGAAGAGGAGCAGCAAAGCGGGAGCGAGGGUGCUCCAGCGGAGAAAGACACCCCAGCAUCCCUAGAUGCAUGCAGCCAGGAGCUGUUCUCAAGCCAGGAGGAAGGUAGCCAGUUGCGGCAGCCAGUGCUUGGGGAAGGACAAACACCAGAGGAGGUUCCCGAUGCAACCUUGAGAUCUCAGCUAUCCAUGUUAUCACUGGCUGAAAGACUCCAAAGAAUCAGAAAGAGGCCAUUGUGACAGGGUCGAUCCAGAUGGCUAUAGGAGAGUAACAGAAGGCAGAUAUAUUAGCCCCAGGCUAAGUAGGUCCCUUUUCCCUGGGUUAGGUAACAGGGAAGGUUUCAGAACAAUCAGGAACCUUCUCGAGACAAUUAAGACAGGCUGAUUAGAACACCUGCAGCCAAUCAAGAAGCUGCUAGAAUCAAUUAAGGCAGGCUAAUCAGGGCACCUGGGUUUUAAAAAGGAGCUCACUUCAGUUUGUGGUGUACAUGUGAGGAGCUGGGAGCAAGGGGCACUAGGAGCUGAGAGUGAGAACGCGGACUGUUGGAGGACUGAGGAGUACAAGCAUUAUCAGACACCAGGAGGAAGGUCCUAUGGUGAGGGUAAAGAAGGGGUUGGGAGGAGGCCAUGGGGAAGUAGCCCAGGGAGUUGUUGCUGUCGCACAGCUGUUCCAGGAGGCACUCUAGACAGCUGCAUUCCACAGGGCCCUGGGCUGGAACCCGGAGUAGAGGGCGGGCCCGGGUUCCCCCCCAAUCCUCCCAACUUCUGGUCAGACACAGGAGGAGUUGACCUGGACUGUGGGUUCAGAAAAACAGUCAAGCUGAGGGCUGCCAUGAAGCUCCAAGGCGAGCAAAUCUGCCAAUAAGCACAAGACCCACCAAGGUAGAGCAGGAACUUUGUCACACCAUGUAGAUGCAAGGAAGACAUGUUGCAUGAAGUAAUGCAGCAUUCAAGUAAUGAAAAUCGAAAAGUGCAGGAGUGGUGGGACAGUGAAAGGAGGAUCCGCCAGCAGAAUGAGGAACGCCGGCACAAAAGCAUGGUGCUCCGGCAGCAAAGCAUGGAUCAGCGGAUAAGCAUAAUGGAACGCCAAGCAGACUCGAUCCAGGCGCUCGUAGUCAUGCAGGCGGAACACUAUCGUGCCCAACCCCGCCUGCAGCCCUUGUCCCAAAACUCUUUCCCUUGUGCCCUCAUGUCACCUCUAACCCACUUUCCCCAACAUCUGGGUUCUUACCACCAUCAGCUGCCUCCAACACCUGUAGCUUCACCACCCAGCCCUGAAAACUAAGACCCUUUCCCUCUGCACUCAACCCCCAUCACCAUGUGGUAUAGCCAGCCAGAAGUGCAGCACUCAUUGCACAGCACUCCAGACAGGAAGGCUGAGAAUGAUUACAGGACAUACACAAAUCUGUGAUUGUACCAUUCCCCACCCCACCCCCUUGCCCUUUCCGUUUCCCAAGCAGUUGUGUUUCUUUUCAAUAAAUGAAUAAAUUGAUUUUUUGGCUUUGGAAACAUUCUUUAUUAUUGCAUAAAGUAAAAGAUACCUUAGCCCAGGAAAGAAACAGGCACUGCAAGUCAGCAUAGCAAACACACAGAUUCCUAC